AUGGCGGCUGUAAGCGGACCCGCGCGGCACUCUCGCGUCUCCAUGAGUGUGUCCAUGUCACUGAUGCAGGGCGGUACGCAGAGCGCGCCGCAGGGCGCCAUCCUGGCGGCGGCGGCGCCCUACUAUCAGACGCCGGCCAUCCCCACGGAUGUCCAACCUGACCGCCCCAUAGGAUACGGUGCAUUCGGCGUCGUAUGGGCGGUAACAGAUCCUCGCGAUGGCCGGCGCGUCGCCCUGAAGAAGCUGCCAAACGUUUUCCAGUCCCUCGUCUCAUCCAAACGCGUCUUCCGGGAGCUCAAGAUGCUUUGCUUCUUCAAACACGAAAACGUAUUAUCUGCGUUGGAUAUAUUGCAGCCGCCUAGCCUCGACUUUUUCCAGGAAAUAUAUGUCAUCACAGAACUCCUGCAGAGCGAUUUGCACAAGAUCAUCGUGUCACCUCAACACUUAUCCGCCGAUCACAUCAAAGUCUUCCUGUACCAGAUAUUAAGAGGUCUAAAGUAUCUCCACUCUGCGCGCAUUUUACAUCGAGACAUCAAACCCGGCAAUUUGCUCGUCAACAGUAAUUGCGUCCUUAAGAUAUGCGACUUCGGGCUCGCACGAGUGGAGGAGCCAGACGCCAGCAAGAACAUGACACAGGAAGUUGUGACGCAGUAUUAUAGGGCGCCAGAGAUCUUAAUGGGCGCCAAUCAUUACACAGCAGCUGUGGACGUGUGGUCUGUGGGCUGCAUUUUCGGCGAGUUGCUCGGUCGACGCAUCUUAUUUCAAGCGCAGAGCCCUGUGCAACAGCUGGAGCUAAUAACAGAGUUACUGGGCACUCCGUCGCUGGAGGACAUGCGGUACGCGUGCGCGGGCGCGCGGGCGCACAUGUUGAGGCGCGCGCCGCGGCCCCCCGCGCUUGCGGCCCUCUACACACUCUCAGUACAAGCGACCCACGAGGCUGUACACCUUCUAGCACAGAUGCUAGUGUUCGAUCCAGCGAAGCGUAUCUCAGUGGUGGAUGCUCUCGCUCACCCUUACUUGGAGGAGGGUAGACUGCGUUACCACUCGUGCAUGUGCAAGUGUUGCUACAGCGCUCCGCCCGCCGCCAGACAUUACUCGCCGGAUCUGGAGCCGCAAGCGCCCCACUCCUUCCACGACGGCUGGGAGAGGAAACUCACCUCCGUGCACCAAGUUAAAGAGGAAAUACAUAAGUUCAUAGCGGAGCAGCUGCAGACCUCGCGGGUGCCGCUCUGCAUCAACCCUCAGUCGGCCGCGUUCAAGAGCUUCGCAAGCUCCACCGUGGCGCAUCCCUCCGAGCUGCCGCCAUCGCCGCACCAGUGGGAAUGA